AUGCCUCAACCGGCUCGACAGAGCCAGGCCGAUGUGCCAUCGGUGACCAGCUAUGGACAAGUGAUUGAGUAUAUCGAGAAUCGCCUGUACCUGGCAUCUUAUACCCAUACACCAGAUGACAAUACGCCCUUCCCUUACGUGGGCAAAGAAAGCCGGUCGCCAUCUAAGAAAUCGUCGCGCGCGCAAUCUGGACCACAAGCGGCGCCCAAGGCAGCGCAAGCACUUCCACCCGUCUAUUUUUCCAUCGACCACAGCUUGCUUUACAACGCAUUCCAUGCUGAUUUCGGUCCGCUUCACAUUGGACAUCUUUACCGCUUUGCAGUCCAGCUUCAUGACGUACUGGGACAUCCUGACAAUGAACACCGUCCGAUCGUAUUCUGGAGUGGCCCAGACUCUAGGAGUCGAGCGAACUCCGCUUGCAUUCUUGCGACAUACAUGGUCCUGAUUCAACACUGGCCUCCACACUUGGCGCUUGCGCCCAUCUCACAGAUGGAUCCACCAUGCAUGCCGUUUCGCGAUGCAGGCUACAGCCAAGCCGAUUAUUCUUUGACUGUACAAGAUGUGGUAUAUGGUGUGUGGAAGGCCAAGGAAGAAGGACUGGUGGGACUUAAAGAGUUCAGUCUCCAGGAGUACGAGACAUUUGAGCGUGUUGACAUGGGCGACUUCAACUGGAUAUCGCCCAGCUUUCUUGCCUUCGCAUCACCCAGCCACCAGCCCGUGCACAUCAUCCAACCUAGCGAACCCAUGUACGCACAACUCCCGCGAUCGCUUUCAGCCGUGCAGCGCGACAAGACACUCCCGAUGCCCUUCAAGAACAUUUUGACUCAUUUCGCCGAGAGAGGAAUCGGCCUCGUUGUGCGAUUGAACUCAGAGCUUUACUCUCCAAGCUACUUCACAGCCCUUGGCAUCAAGCACUUGGACAUGAUUUUCGACGACGGAACGUGCCCACCACUCAAACUGGUGCGGAAAUUCAUUGAUCUAGCACACGCGGUCAUCAAUGUGAAGCGGAAGGGAAUCGCCGUCCAUUGCAAGGCGGGUCUCGGACGUACAGGUUGUUUGAUUGGAGCAUACCUGAUCUAUCGUCAUGGAUUUACGGCAAAUGAGGUGAUAUCAUACAUGCGAUUCAUGCGACCAGGAAUGGUUGUGGGUCCUCAACAGCACUGGCUCCAUCUGAACCAAGGGACCUUCCGAGAGUGGUGGUAUGAAGACACCACUCGGGAGAAGAUCUUGGCUUCGAUGCAACCCACAACGCCGACCAGACUGCACCAAUCUGCGAGCCGCCAACGUGUGAACAACACUCAAGCUUUCACUCCUCCAAAUGCCGACCGUCAUUCCAACAGCCCUCGUAGGGCUCUGGGUGAGAUUACCAACAACGAAGCCUCACAGUCCUCAGUAGCCACCAACUGCACAGAUGAUUUGAAAGGCACUGGCGUCGCAGAUGAGAAUCUUCCGGCGCCAACACCCGGUCAGCCACGCAAAACAAGCAAGAUCUAUGGCGGGCGAAGGAAGAUGAUGGAAAACCAGCCAUUUGACUCCGCGCCUAACACUGAAGUAGUGCAAGUACAGAGGUCAACGGUGAAUGUAUCCCAGGAUGACAGCGAGGAAGAGCAGCUGCUCCGCUUGCUUGGGCGCAAGUCUAGCCUGUCCCCGGCGAGCCGAAGCGGCAAGCGAAGGGCCGUAUCCUGCACCACGACUACGACUACGACCACCAAGUGGGAUGUGCCGACGGACGGUAGUGAUGUUGAGAAUCAACUUCAGGGCCUCGAUGAGCUCGAUCUCCCCAUGGACGAGUAUGCGGCCAGCCCCACCCGACCGAAGACACCGAGCUCAAAGACCGGCAGCGGCAUUGGUAGCAUAAGCGUUGGCAAGCGCUCGUCACCGCUCCGACGCAGCACCGAUGGCAAGACCAGCGUCCGCAAGACCAGCGGUCGCAUUGGGAGCGCAGGUGGGCAAACACUACGAGUACAAAAGAGCUCAUGA